UUUCGACUUGCGACUAGCCUCGCUGACAGUCACGGCUCGAUUAUCGGAGCAGUUCGAACGAUUCGAGAGAUACUACAGAACAUUCUACCCGCGGAUUUACAAAUUCAUCAAGGACACACUCGUUGACUGAAUUACUUACAUCGAUUACAUGGAAUAAUUGAAUCAAUUGUUUUACAGCGACUAUAUUCAAAAUGAGUGAAAAAUUGUCCGUGGUAUCGUGCGCGUGCACGUACACAAAAAAAUAAAUAUAUUUUCGGAAAGACUAUCAAAAUUUUAGUUCUUCGCAGAUUCUGCCCACGUAUUUUUCUGCAUCCCGUUCUCAAAGAUUCAAAAUACAGCUGCUAUGCGUUUGAUAAAUUUUAAAAAUUUAGAAAACGCGGUUGACAUUUGCUAUCAAGAGCAGAAAUCUAACGCGACAUCACCAUUGCAUAACUGCCUUAAUGGAAAACUGCAUUCCAACUGCACCUCUUUGGCCGAUAUCUCACGGUCAUUUCUGCACAUCUUCUUUGAAGCAUUACUUCACUGGACCCCGUAUGCGAUUUUCGCUAUAAUUUUGAUUACCGUAACGAUUCCAUUGCUCUCGAGGUGCUGCGAAAUGGCCCGUUGCAAUACCCUCACCGACAGAAGAGCUAUUUUUUUCACCCUUUUCGAGGACAGGAUCAGACGAGAAUUUUGCUCGCAGUCUGCGGAGACGAUGUCGACAAUCGUGACGGCAGUCUCUCAUAUUCUCCGGAGAAAUCCAGAAAGGCCCUCUAUCCUCCUGUGCCUCGCCUCUCCCGACGCAAAAAACACCUGCAUAAAAAUUGCACGGGCAACAGCCGCCGCUGUAAUGUCUUCCUUCCGAAAACCUAAAGAAAACAUCGACGAAGUCACGCUGGAUUGUUCAAAUUACGAGAGUACCGACGACUUCUGGAAAUUCUACGAAGAUAUGACACAGCGCAUGAGUCGCCAAAAGGUUGUUGUCCUCAAGGAGUUCGAAAAAAUCAACCCUCAAGUAGCUACGUCACUUUGCCACCUCGCCAAUGACACCUACGCGCCUUUUCCCCAAUCGAUAAUAAUCGUCUGCUUGGACAUCGGUACAAGAUUCGAUCAUAACAAUUUGAAAGGACAGGCACCGGUUACACUAGCGGAAACUUUCCUCGGAGAAAAGUGGGAUUACUCCUUGGACAACGUUGCGAUGACUGAACUUCUAGGACGAUUGACCGGAAGAGCUGUUUUGAUUGAAAAGGAAUUAGUUCAACUUCGAAGAUUUGCUGGUUCACUGCCUGCGAUACAAGGGUAUUUGGGACCACCGCCUAAAUUGCGGCGACGCCGACAAAUCGCUCGAAGUGAAAUGCAGAUAUGAUUUGAUGUAUCGCAAUGCUCUGUAUAUACAUUACGCGUAUAGCCUUGGAUAAUAAAUUAAAACCAUAACGUUUUAUAUCUUUAUCGCACCACGAAUUUCAUGGUAUUUGUCAAACCGAUAUCAAUUUAUCCUUAAUCAAAGAAAUGAAAAAAAGGUCUUCGUACCGCGAUCGGAUUCUAAAUCACGCGGCCGAUACAUUAAUCGUUCAUGGGUGAUUUUCUCUUUAUCCGUUGAAAAAUAAUUCAAGGUUCAUACGUAACGCGUGGCUUUAAUUAUACAACCGAAUGAGUUUCGUGUUUGAUAAAUGUGCAAGAUUUACGGUGUCACCCUUUUAACGAAUACCGCGAAAAGAUACUAUACUAUAUAGUGUAGUAUAUUUUUCGAACCUCUACAAACAAGUAUUAUACGAAUAAUCACAAGUAAAACGCAUCAUGUAACCAACGGAUUAAAAUCUCUUUGGCAAAUGAUCCUCAGCGCGGGUUAAUAGUUAUUGUACAAUUUUGUACGUAUAAACGUAUAUAUAUUUGAUUUCUGUUUUCAAAAUGAAAAGAAACAACACUUCGGACGUCAGCGGCAUUCUUGGGAAUACUAUCUUGUUAUAAAAUUAAGUUCGGUUGAAUCGCUAUCAGAAAUAAAUACAUAGAAAAACAAAAUAAAACAAUCUUGGCUGUAAAAACUUAACUUUUGUGUAUCCGUGUACACUAUUCCGCGUACAAAAAUACAAAACAUUUCAAUUGGACAUGGAAAUGGCGAGAUGUGGGGGUCCAAAAAAAUCUUUUGCAAUCGCCUCAACAAACAAAACUAUACAUUAAAUGACCGAUGUUACGAUUGUGAUGAUCAAUAACAAUAACACACUGUUUUUUGUAGAAGAUGCUUGUAAUGACCCCUGUUGUGCGAGAGACCAGAGUCGGUAUGCAGGUCCGUGUCUCAUCAUUUAAUGUAAUUUUAUUAUCUAAUCUACGUAUUACGUUCAUUAUAGAAUAUCACUUUAAACUAUAACCGACCCUACGAGGCUUUUUUAAAGAUUAGAAUUCGAUACUACGAGGUCAGCGUUUUCUUUUUCUUCAUUUGCUUUUUGCUUUUUUGAUUAUUUUUUUUUUUACUCAUAUCUGGUGAACUUUAUUUUCUGUUCGUCUUUCAGAACCUCCCGACGUGAAUUGUAAUAUCACCUCGAAUUAAUGUAUAUAUAUAUAUACAGUGUUAUAAUUAAUCUAACGAGAUGAUUAAUUUUCGACAAGAGUUGCGCGUAUUUUAACUUUGCAAUCUGCAAGGUCCGCUCGCCUCGGUGAAUUCUGAAGCAACGCACGCAAUAAUUAAAGUCGAGAGGUGAUCUGGAAACGGGCAGCUGACAGUUAUUGCUUAUCCCCGUUGCACGACAAUGACACACCUUAUAUUGCGUCUGUGCUUUCAACGAAUUUGUAAAUAAUGCCAACUUCGAAUGACUGACUGAUCGAGGGCAACGAGUAAGGGAAGACGUCUGUUAAAUUGGAUAUUUAGCAUUAAGAAUACAAUUAUUUCUUUAUUAUAUAUAUAGUUCUUCGGUCACUGACGAUAAUGUAUACACAUAUGUAUACGUGUUCACCGAGCGUACAUAGAAGUAAGUAUAUAAGGACACGAGGGCGAAAAAUAUAGAAAGAGGGGAGGUUUUUGCUGCUCAAGCGGAUUCUAUCAGAAAUCCAUGUUUGUAUGGUGCAUACGUGUUGGGUGGGCGAGCGAAUGAUCGUAUAAAGUGAAAUAUAAGGAAACGAGCGUGCCGGGGAUGAAGAUUGAUAUGGCGGCUAAAGGCUGAGCUGCGGUAGCUGGUCUUCUUUUUUGUUGUUUUUGUUGUUUUUUUUUUUUCGUACAAGAACGUGUACAAGAGCUGUAAUCGUGUGUACGAUAAUUCAUAAUUGCAGUUGGGUAUAUUAUCGUAUAAAAUAAGCUAUAAUAACGACCGAACGAUAUCCGGACAACGACACAAAGUUCAGACGUCGCAGCUUUUCUGUGAGUGGCACGCGAAUAGAUAACCAUUUAUAAUUAAAACUAUCGAUUUAUUUUCACCGACGCCGCGUUCUAUCUACAUCCAUUGCGGGGCAACGAAAAAAACUAUAAAAUAAAAUAAAAUAUCUGUAUGCUGUUGCACUUCUGCUUUUUCUUCUCGUUAUUAUUCACACCAGUUUAUACCAGCUCAUAGUUCACCACGAUUAUUUGCAUCACGUGCACUCGCCAAUUUUUCAACUAAUAUACCGCAUACAUCCAAGGUUCAAAGAAACCGGAGUUCACCGGACGGUUUCAAAUAUAUACGUAUAUUUAACGCUGUAGGAGAAAAAAAGAAGAAGUUAAAACCCAAACAAAGUCUCAUUUCCUUCCAUCUACUCGCCAGGGUUUGAACUUUGUUCCCGUCCUUCCCUAAAUCGCAGGAGUCGCUCCCCCCUUCCUUUCAUUAUAAAUUUUGCACCCCCCGUGUGGAGUGUGCGACGUUAAUCUCUCGGGAGGGGGUAUAUAUAGCCCGCGAAAUCGUACGGUUAAAAGUGGGCGCGAGAUUUGCUCAAGAUU